GUAAUAGACAUAAAAUCCGGAAGUCAGGUGUCAGAAACAGAGAAAGUGGAGUAGAAUGUCACAUAACAAAAACAGCGACAAAUCAGUGACAGGGGGUAAACAGAAAAGCAAAGAACCAUAUCACAGAAAACUAACCGAUGUUGGACUGUACAGUAUCGCAGGAUUGUGUGCCGUCUCCUUGUCACAGCUAUUUAGCGAUGAAUGUCAGGAUGGCUUCAAGAAGAAGGCUCUUGAGAAAAUACUGCACGACUUUGGUCAACCCAAACAGACUAAUAAUUCAAUGUUUGCCUUGCUGGAAGGGGAGAUAAUGACUGAAUGUGAUGUGUUUGUGGACUCCCUGAUGGCAGAGGAGUGUUUAAAGGAAUCCAGAAAGCCACUCAUAGUUGACCUAAUAGCUAUAGCCAUUAGUGAAGGCUGCUAUGAUGCAAGAAUGCGAGUGUUAAUCAAGCAUGUUGCCUGGCAACUAAGGGUCACAUGGGAUGAUGUUGAAUCUAUAGAAGAAGAAUUUGCCGAAACACUGGAAUAUGAUACAUAUGUCAUGUCAGACACUUCAGAUAGGGAAAGAGAGGAAAUGAAAGAAAAAGCAAAGAAAUCUAGAAACAGAAAAGUGAAAAGAUACGCUCUCAUUGGUCUAGCCACAGUGGGAGGCGGAGCUUUGAUAGGUCUUACAGGAGGAUUAGCAGCACCAUUGGUGGCUGCUGGAGCAGGAGCAGUGAUAGGUGGUGCAGGGGCCGCAGCGCUGGGAUCUGCAGCAGGUGUGGCAAUUAUAGGGUCUCUGUUUGGAGUUGCUGGUGCAGGAUUAACUGGUUACAAGAUGAAGCGUCGAGUUGGGGCUAUUGAUGAGUUUGCCUUUGAACCAUUGACACUGAUCGGCAGUAGGCUGGACUGUGCUCGAACUGUAAAACAGCUUCAUAUAACCGUAGCCGUCACUGGUUGGUUAAAUGAUAAAAUGCAAGAUUUCCGAAUCCCAUGGAGUGCCUUGGCAGACUCUAAGGAACAGUAUAGUCUAAGAUGGGAGUCAAAGUACUUGUCUCAACUUGGCGAGGCAUUUGACUACCUGCUGCAUACUGGACUCAGUAUGGCUACCACUGAGGCCUUAAAAUAUACAGUUUUAUCAGGGUUAAUCACUGCAAUUGCUUGGCCUGCAGCAUUGAUUAGUGCAUCUGCAGCCAUAGACAAUCCCUGGCAUGUCUGUACUCAGAGAGCUACAGAAGCCGGGAAACAGUUGGCUGAGGUUUUGUUGGGUAGGGAGCAGGGAAACAGACCGGUCACUCUGAUUGGCUUCAGUCUAGGUUCCAGAGUGAUAUUCUCAUGUUUAGAGGAACUCGCCAAAAGGAAAGGUGGUGAAGGUUUAAUAGAAGAUGUGGUACUACUUGGAGCACCAGUAUCAGGGGACCCCAAAAACUGGCGGCCACUUAUUAAAGUAAUUGGAGGAAAAAUUGUCAAUGGGUAUGCGAGAGGUGACUGGCUGUUGAAGUUCCUGUACAGAACGGCCUCUGUCACAUUCAGGGUGGCAGGACUUUCCCCAGUAAAAUGGGACAACAGGAGAAUGCAUAACAUUGAUCUCAGUGAUAUAAUUGAUGGCCAUGGUGACUACAUAAAAAAUCUGGACACAAUACUAAAAGCUGUUGGUGUCCGUACUAAAGAUGAAUUGAAAAUGUCACCACUGAAAAUUAACACAGCCAGUAGUGAAUUAAAAGAUUUUUCUAUGAUCGCCAAUGUUGAAACUGCACCUGAGACUGGUGCUGGAAAUGUGGACAAUAACAGCGAUGAUUCCACAAAUGAAAUUAGUGAGUCAGAAGCUGCUAAAAGAGCUGAACCUGCUUCUGAUAGAAGUAAUGAUAAAAGUGAAACAACUGAUGAAUGUAAAACAACAGCUUUAAAUGAUAGAACUACAGCAAAUAGUGAAAAUCUUGAAGAUGUGCAAGGUGAACUAGAUGUGAACAGUGUAAACAAAGAAGAAAGACUUGGUAAAAACAAUUCUGAUUCUGAAAGUAGAAUUAAAAAAAGUGCAAUUAUUGACAAAAAUGUGAAGCUCAGUCUACCUUCUCAGGGAAGUAAAAAUGGCAAUAGUGGACAGUCUGAAGAAGCAGAUGACAAUGAAGGAUGCUACUUCACAGAUUCCAAUCCAGAGUCUGAAGAAGAUGAAACCAAAGAAUAAAAAAAAAUCAGAUACAGUCAAACCUGUAUUAAAGACCAUAUAUUGGAGAGGAAAAAAGUGAAAAGUUUAUUUAGUAGGAUGUCUGUGUUCACAAAGUAAAAUAUGCCGCUAAUGUUUGAAUCAGAAAUAAAACCAGUAGAGUACAGAGUUGAGUGGUGGCCAUUUACUGAUGGUCUUUACGAUGGGUUUUACUGUAAUAUGAGCCCAAGAAAACUCCUGCUGAAACAUUCUGUCUCAUCAAUUUUGAAGUGAAAGUCAUUGCUUUAUCAAAAUCAUGCCUGCAGUGAAAAUGCAUUUAUCACUUGUAGCAAAACUGUUUGACAAAGUAGGUUGUAUUUUAAGGCCUUUUGGUUGUAUGAGGUACCUGAAAUAUUAGAGGAUAACAAUGUCAUGUUUUAGAUUUGCAGGUGAAUAUCUGUGGUUAAUAUAUGUCAUAAAAUUUAGUUUUAUGUGAGACACAUUAGGGUUGGGAGGUGGGAUGGGGGAGUGGAGACUCUAAGAUUCUUUCACUGGUUGUAGGUGCAGAUGGGAAUUUCUUUGACGUCAAAACGUAUCAAAGACAAAUAACAGUGUUUAGUUCCGGUUUUGUUUUAUCAGUUGCAGCGCAACUUUAUGAUUUUUUGAUAAAAUAACGUGUUUUGAAUCGAGAAAUAUAACAUCAGGAACAAAGAGGAACUGUCAAGUUAUUGGAUUUUUAUUCCGUUUUUGAAAUAUAAAAAAUUACUACAUAAAUUUUCCACAUAUAUCUGUAGUUCGCAAUACGUCAUUUAAAGCACGAGAGUCAUCUAGAUGGAUUUUUCCAGCUCCGGUAAAAAUACUGGAAAUCCCCGUCUGGUAUGCAAGAAAUUGUGCCGCCUUGUCCCAGUGGUUAAAGUUGCUGACUUUGAAUAACUUGCAACUCACUUUGGUGUAGAAUUCUUUCGUGUAAGGAAGCCAUUCAGCUGACAUAUGGAAGGUCUCUGCCUAGUUAUGCCUGAAAUAAUGCCCAAGGGAAACCUGCGAUCUCCCUCCACCACUAGAAGAAAUGUUAAACCCAACAAAAAUAAAUGUUAAAUGAGUUCUUGUGACAUACAAACCAGCACUAAAUUUCUGCAAGUCUUGAAAUAAGAUAUUAUUUUUCCUGUUCUAAUUUCAGCAAAUUUAAAAAAGAAAAAAUCUCCACUUUUACACACUCAAUAGAUACUUUGUGAAUUUUGAUAAUUAUGACAACAUUUGGCUUUCUACAGUAAAUCCAUGGUUUAUAUGCCACAAAAGUACCAUUAGAAACCAAUGUUACAAAAAAAAGUUGAAUUAGAAUACAAAUUUUUAAAAAUUAAUUAAUCUAUAUAUGUCUUUUAUUUCGCAAGUAUGUUACAAAAAUCAGUCAUCAUGGCUGUGUAAGGAAGAAUUUUAUAUUGUAAGAAAAUUUAUUUUUAAAAAUCGUUUAGACGCAUGAAGUAUAUCUAGAGAUGAGUUUCUUAAAAGGUUUCCUGUAUCUCAUAACAAAACCACUUUACUGCUGAAAAUAUUACAAAAUUGCUGGUAUAGAUAUAUUGUAUGGGCUAUAGUUUUUAACUGCCUUCUAAACCAUAUACAUCUUUGUUUUGCUACAAUUUGUCAUGACAUUUUAACCCUCUUUGAAGAGCUUUUUGAUACAUAUUUUAUAUGCUUAUCUGUUUUAUGCCUCCAGCAUCAAAGACCAAGCAGGUGUAAUAUUAUAGUGUUUGGACUCCUGUCGAUCAUCCAUUAUGUUCAUCAGUCACACUUUCUUGUGUACUCAGCUCUCACAGUUUUUAUCAAAUUCAGCUAAAAUUUGGUAUACAUCAACAGGACAUAUGCAUAUUAUCAAGACUUUCAUACCUGACUUUUAUUUUAUUUUUUGAGUAACUAAAUAAUGCUUGGUCUCAUAAUUAUAGUCAGAUUUCAUAGGAUGAUUGCCUAUGGUAAGUAGAUGGAGGUCGGUAGGGCAAAGGUCAAGGGGACUUUUAGACUGAAAAUAGAUCAAGCUAAGUAAGUAAAAAAUGCUUUUGUCUGCAGUCAUCAAACAUAAUGAGAUGAUUGCAUGUGUUCAGCAGAUGUCCUACUAUUUUAAAGAUCAGUAGGUCAGAGGUCAAAGUUUCAGUGACCUGGAGACUGAAAACAGUUUCUGUUCAUAACUAAAGACCCCAUUUUGCUUACAGUUUUCAAAUUUCACAGAAUGAUUUGUUGUGGCCAGUAGAUUAAUCCUAUCAUUUUGGGGGUAAGUAAGUAAAAGGCCAUAGUCACAGUGACCUUGAGACAGAGGACUGUUCAGUAACUGUAGAAUGCUAGUUAUACCCAUUUUAGGACUUAACCAUAUUACAACGAAAUUUGUACCUUGGGUUCUCCACUCUUAGAGUUUCCAAUCAAUUCAAAUGAAACUUGGUAUUUGUCAUAAUGGAGUAGGCAUGAGCAUAUUGUCUGGACUGUCAUGUCUGAUGAUAUUUUUUUUGAGAUAUGCCCCUUUUUUUUUGAACUUCGCAGCAAAAAACUAUAUUCUGUACCUUGUGUACUCAGCUCCUUGUAUUGUAAGUACAGUAUCACCCAGUUCAAAUGAAACUUUGUAUACUUUAUCUACAUGAAGUGGACAUUCAUAAUUAUUGUCAGGAUUUUAAUUUCAGAUCAUUUUUCCCUGUUUUAUCACAUUUUUGGAUAAAACAAUAUUACCAAGUCUUCUGUACCUUCUGUACUCAACUCCUUCUACAGUUUUAUGGGGCCUUUGUGCCUGAGUGACUAAGGUCGCUGACUUCAAACCACCUGCUCCUCACCAAUGUGGAUUCAAGCCUCACUUGGGGUGUGGAAUUCUUAAUGUCAGGAAGCCAUCCAGCCGGCUUACAGAAGGUCGGCCAUGAAGAAAUAAUGGCUGGAGGGGCAUGUAUUCCAUCAAACAUUUUCAGGGGGAAUAUGAAAUACAAUGUUGACAUCAUUUUUAUUCAUAUUGAAGAAAGAAAUUGUUUGUUUUACAAGUUGUAAUGUGCAAUAAAAAGUGUGUUCCAUAUUGAAAAAAAAAAGGAAUCAAUGUUGUGUGUGCACUUUUGUUCUGUUACAAUUUAUGUGAAAAAAGACAAUAAUUAGUCCCCUUCUGGUGGAACACCAGAGGAGACUAUAGGAAUGCCCUCCAUCCAUAUGUACGGCCUUCUGGAUCCUGCAAUUACUCAAAAAAUAUUCAAGCUAGGUUCAUAAAACUUGAUAUGUGAAUAGAGGGCAAUAUGUCGAUUAUGCACGUACAUGACUUAUGCUUGUAAGUCAAAGGUCAAGGUCACUAUUGAAGAUCAAGUAAAAAUUGUUUCCACUCCAUACCUUUUAUAUGCAUUGAUGAAUUAUCUUACUACUACACAGAAAUGUUCCCCAUCAUGAGACAAUGUGUCAGCACAUAACCUAUGCUUGUCGGUCAAAGGUCAAAGUCACUAUUGAAAGUUUUCCACCAGAAGAGGACUUUGUUUUGACCACUGCAAUACUUGGUCACUUGUUUAACUUGGUUUACUCGUAUUUUAUCAUAGACAUGCUGGUUAAACUCACAGACCUAGAAUUAAAACCAAAAAAGUAAAUCAGUUUAGUAUUUUGAAUUGGAUUUUGAAGUUUUUAGUUUGUAGCAUCCUUUAGUGGUUGAAAAUUGAUUUUAAGCUCGACUAUUCAUAGAAUAGUAGAGCUAUUGGACUCGCCCAUGCGUCGGCGUCCGCGUCCCGAUUAGGUUAAGUUUUUGUAUGUAAGCUGGUAUCUCAGCAACCACUUGUGGGAAUGGAUUGAAACUUCACACACUUAUUCACUCUGAUAAACUGACUUACAUUGCACAGGUUCCAUAACUCUGUUUUGCUUUUCUACAAAAUUAUGCCCCUUUUUUGACUUAGAAAUUUUUGGUUAAGGUUUUGUAUGUAAGCUGGUAUCUCAGUAACCACUUGUGGGAAUGGAUUGAAACUUCACACACUUACAGGGGUCACACUGGGAUUUUUUUUCCCUGAGCCACUGCUUUUUCCUAAGAUUAAAUUAUGAGGCCAACAACGGUGAAGCGCAUAGCAUUGACGUUCUUGUAGGACUCCAUUAUAUGUACCAAAGUACUCAUACUACUCAAGAAAUUAAUGUAGUUAUUACAUAUUUCUUAGUAACCCUUUAAAAAGCUAUUUAGAAAAUCAAUUUGUGUUAAUUUCUAAAAUGAUCAUUUUUAUAAACAUCUGCCAUUUAAUAAAAAAAUUCAGAAAAUCACAUUUAAAAUAAAGAUGUUAAAAAAGAAAAAAAAAUGUUUAAAAAAAAAACAGUGUCUUAUUUUGCACAUUGCCUGUAAGUGGGUGGGGUUCGAUGCCUUCGCAUGUUUUAUUCUCGAAAAUUACUUCAAAAUAAGAGCUCCUUUUGCAACAUUUGUCAUAUUUUUCUUAAAUGCAGACUUUUUAUUGGCUUUUAAUUAAGAUUGCAAUUAAAAAAUCACGUCAGAAAUGAUAGAAAUAUCCGAAAAUCACGGUCGCGAAAACGGGUGACAAAUUCGGAAAACGUAAAUUAGAAUUAAAUAUUUGAUAAAAUACCUAUGUUUUAUUGCUUUUCUAUCAUCAUAGCUAUUCAAUACUUAAAAUUUCUGCUUGUCUAAAGCAUUUUUAUUUCUUUUUGCCCAAACUAACCCUCGGCAAUCAUAGAAAAUUUGUCUAUCGUCCGACUGCUCAUAAAAUCAUAUCAAGUGCACAAAAUGAAGAUUAUAAUUAUCCAGUUUGUUAUUCAAUAAUCUAAUUAUCGCCAAUUAACUGCCUGAUCAAAUAAAAAAAUUGCAAUUUGGCUCCCUCCCUUUCAAUAACGGAUGUUGUUUCACACAGAUUAUCGAUUUUUCACACCUUUUGGUUCGUAAAACUGGCAGUAUUCGUAGUUUUGCAGACAGACAUAGCUUCGGGCCAUUUUCGCCAAUUAGAAAAUUUCGGAGCCACUUUUAAUUUUUUGUCGCAAAUGGCUCAAGUGGCGAUCGACAGCGUGACCCCUGACUUAUUUACUGUGAUAAACUGACUUACAUUGCACAGGUUCCAUAACUCUAUUUUGCUUUUUUACAAAAUUAUGCCCCUUUUUCUACCUAGAAUUUUUUGGUUAAGGUUUUGUAUGUAAGCUGGUAUCUCAGUACUCACUAAUGGGAAUGGAUUGAAACUUCACACACUUGUUCACUGUCAAGAUCUGACAUGCCCAAAGCAGGUCCCAUAACUUUAUUUUGCUUUUUUACAAAAUUAUGCCCCUUUUUCAACAUAGAAAUUUUUGGUUAAGUUUUUGUAUGUAAGCUGGUAUCUCAGUAUCCACUAAUGGGAAAGAAUUGAAACUUCACACACUAGUUCACUGUCAUGAGCUGAUAAGCACUAUGCAGGUUCCAUAACCCUAUUUUACUUUUUUACUAAAUUAUGCCCCUUUUUCGACUUUCUUAUUCAUUCAAGCGACAAGGCUGUUAAAUAGUCGAGCGUUGCUGUCCUCCGACAGCUCUUGUUUUUUUCUGAAUUACUUUUGAAGCUUCUAUUAUGUUCUUUGAUAGCGUGUUUUUUUAUCUCUCUGAUUGCUCAGUUAUGAUUCCUGAUAUCAUGUUAAAAUUAUGUGGUGUCACUGUUCUUUCCUUAUAUAGUUUUUAGCAAACAUGGUAUUUAUGGCAAAAAUACGUUACCUUGUGUGGUAAUUAGGACACCUGGCCCCGUGUUCACAAAACAUUUUCAGUCUUAGUUGAGUUUGAUAAUAAAACUUGUUUUGUCAUUUAUAUCUAAAUAGCAUGAUUAAAACUAAAUUUUAAGUUAAUAACUAUUUUUAAGUGACUAUUCAGUAAUGAAAGUCAGUCUCAGUUGGAAUUAAGCCGUGAAGUUUUAGUAAAAUUGAUAUUAAAAUUUCAAACUCAAACUCUGCUGAGACCGAAAAAUGUUAAUUUUUGUUAAACUGCGAUAUAGUUUUGCCUUUCUUGCAUUUCAUGUGUUCCUGUGAUAAAUUUGUCUUAUGAAAGCCUUUAAAAUACUAAUUGUUACUGUUAUUGACCAAAUAGCUAUAAAGAAAUAUUAUUUUAUACUUCUUUGUGUUGAUGUAUUAGUUGAAAAGGCACUCAUGUUGUAUUGUUUACAAGAGUCUGUUAAGUUUCUAGUCAUGCUGUAUACCCUGGUGAGUGAACUACUACACCUUGAUGAGUCAUUUCUGAAUUUGCUUUAACACUGAUUUUAAAUAAAAAAAAAAAAAGUUUUGCUCAACAUCAUGACUAACAUUUAUUUUCUUAUAAGUCAAACUGUUUAGUAAUCAACCUUUUAGUGUUGUAAUCUAAAUUAUGUAAAUUAUGUUUUGAUAUGUUUGGCCACAGUAUUCAUGAUGGCCCGUCAUGAUGGCAUAUAUAUAUACUGGUAGUGUAUGAGUUUUCAGAGGUUCCAUUUGACACCGGUAUUUGGCUUAUGUGCAUUGGCUCAUUUGAUCUUCUUUCCUACAGUGUUUUUUUUUUAAAUGCAUUCAUGUUUUUUUUCACAUUUUCGUUCCUAAUUUGCUUUUAUGUUUCAGUAGUUUUUAAUUCAAAUUUUAUAGACAAAAAAAGUUCGACUCUUCAUGCACAUUAUUAUCUUUUUUAAGCCAAAAAAAAAAAAACGAUUAUGUGUGUACUUAACAUUGGUAUAAUAUAUUACAAUAUAUUACAUUGCUUUUUACCUGCAAACAGAUCAGGGUAUACAGUUUUGUUAAUGAAAAUUUGAAAAUCACCCACAGAAUGAUUAUAAAUGAGUGAAUAAAAUGUUUAACCACUGA